CAGGCUCCCACCGUGGACAGUCGUAUUGCGGAGCAAACAGUUAAAUAUACAUAAAUACAAAUAUCAUAGGAUUUAUUGUUUCUGCUAGGAACGUGAAAACAUAAAAUAUAUACAUAUAUUUUUUUGGCAGCGAAAGUGAGCAGCGAAUAAAUAAAUUCUAGUAGCCUUGAGUGUAAAAGUGUCAGCAGAAUAAAAUUAGCACACUUGUUAUACAUACAAAUGCACAUAUUUGCUGAAAUUAAAUUAUAGAUUAUACAACGCGAAAUUGGCUAUGACCGAUUGUUAAAAGCCAUUAACAUAAAUUCUACACUGCAGAUUAUUUGAGGUAAACACAAGCACGGCUGACAGCAAUUGAGCACAUAGAAAAACCAAGAGAGACGAACUCGCGUGCACGUUUUAUUUACUUACACGCACCAACAAUUGCUUCACAAAAACAAAAAUAAAGAAAUAAAUAAUAACAGAAAGACGCCGCACGUUUUCUUGCCUCAAACGAAAUAAAACUAAUAAUAAUAGUUGUAAGAAAGUUUAAAAAUGGAGUUAAAUUUGUCUGAACAAAGUGAACGUCUGGAUCCUGAAAAUACGCAGCAGCAGUCGAGAAAAUUUCAACUAACCCAUGGCACCAAAUUGUCACUGCACGAAACUACGGAUAUACUAAAGAAACCACAAUGGAACGCCCUGUUAGCGAUAGUAGGCUUCGCGACCACACUGGGCGCUGCAGUUCCGGUUGGCUACUGUAUUGGCGUUAUUAAUGCCCCGGCAACGAUAAUAACGGCUUGGUGUAAUGAAACACUACACGAACGUUACGGCGCUAAUUUAAGUGCUUCCGGUUUAGAUUGGCUCUGGUCAACGGUGGUAUCGAUUUUCCUAAUAGGCGGAGCUAUUGGCUCUCUGGGAGGGGCUAAUGCAGCAAAUAAAUUCGGCAGAAAAGGUUGUUUUCUCAUCAGUGGCGGACUGUUCACGAUCGGUGGAAUUCUAUUCUUCUUUUGCCGAUUGGCUGGCUCCGUGGAAAUGCUCUUGCUUGGCCGUUUGAUUGUCGGUCUUGCUUCGGGUCUCACCACAGCCAUCCUCCCAAUGUACCUUACCGAGAUCGCACCGCUUGCUCUACGCGGCACUUUUGGCGUCUUCUGUCCGAUUGGUGUGACCGGUGGUGUUGUGGUGGGACAAGUGUUUAGCUUGCGAUAUGUCUUCGGCACGGAGGAUUUGUGGCAUUAUGCCUUAAGUUUUUACAUGCUAUUAGUGGCAGUCUGCUACUUACCGGCAUACUAUUUUCCGGAGAGUCCGAAGUAUCUUUAUAUUGUGCGCAGUGACCAAGAGCUGGCUCGCAGUGAGUUGCGUCGCCUAUGUAAGGGACCUAAUGCAGUUGUUGUGAUCAAUCAUGAAAUCGAUGAGAUGGAAGCCGAAGCCAAUACCAAAGUUCAAACGCGUAGCUUUUUUUCAGUGCUGCGUGAUCCGUCAUUAUUGCUGCCCUUGAUAAUUGUGUGCUCAUUCCAAGGUGGCCAACAGUUGUCUGGCAUAAAUGCGAUAUUCUAUUAUUCGGUGUCAAUUUUCAUGAAAGCUGGACUUUCGAAAGCCGAUGCAGAGUGGGCGAAUUUGGGUGCUGGUUGCCUGAAUUUAUGCAUAUCACUACUAGGACCGAUGCUGAUGUCAAAGUUCAAUCGCCGUCCAUUGAUGAUGUUCUCCAGCGGAAUUUGUGCAGGCUUUCUAUUUACAAUCGGCUUCGUUUUGUACUAUAUCGAUACUACCAGCUGGUUUCCGAUGUUCUGUAUCGUUUGUGUUAUGGGAUACAUCUUCUUCUAUCAGUUUGGCUUGGGCCCCAUUCCAUACUUCAUUGGCGCAGAACUCUUCGAAGUCGCGCCUCGACCGGUGGCCAUGUCGAUGGGCAGCUUGGCGUCCUGGGCAUGCAAUUUCACAGUCGGCAUGGCAUUCCCUUCGCUGCAGAACGCGUGGGGUGCUUUUGUUUUCAUGCCAUUCUCUGUAACCUGCUUGCUACUCUUUUUGCUCACGAAAUUCUACUUGCCAGAAACACGUGGCCGCGAUCCAUCCGAGGUGGCGCCACUUGUCGCCAAAGGUUUCCGCUCGAAGGUGAAAUAAGGCGUGCGGCACUCGUUGUGAUAAGUCAAUUGACAUAAAAAAAGAAAAGUCAACCGAAACUACAAACUAAACUAAACUAAACUAAAAGUAAGGUAACCAAAUAGUUUAAUGUUUAAAAGGUGUACUGAGGAUGAGGAUUAAUUAUUGUCAUAGGUUUUUGUUUACGUGAGCGCACAGUAAAUUCUUCAGUCAAGGAUUUUGGAUUUUUAUUAUUCUAGAAACUUAAUUUAGGUCUAAAAAAUGUAAUACUCUUAAGAAGAAGCAAAUGAAUUUGAAGAAACUAAAUGCCUAUGAAACUGCAGGUAUGUAACUCUUAGAAACAAAGCUAUUUUCAAGUGUACUUAUGUACAUAGAUAAGUAUGUCUGUCUGUUAGAUAUAGAAAAUACAUGCACACCUGUUAACUCUACACAGAAUUGUAUGAAUGAAGAAUAGUAAAAGAAAAAAGUUAUAUAUUGUUAAAGGUUUUGCAUUGCGCUAAUAGAAAUAAGAAAAGAAAAAAUAGUUUUCCAUUCAAUAAAUAAUAAAAGAGACUCUAGAAAAUUAAAACAAAAACUG